GCCGAGCCGAGCGAGGCAGCGCAGCGAGCGAGUGACGGACGGACGCGCCGCGUCAAGUCAGUCGCGGAAGUCGGUCUACGGGAGGCGGACCUCGUCGAAUUCGUGUGCGGCGUCGUUCGUGCGCGCGUCGCGGCUUGCUGCGUCGUCGGUCGACAGAGACAGAGACACACGGUCGUGUGUGGUGUCCGCGUGCGAGGCGUGAUCCCCCGACGAGAAAAUAAUGGCGUAGACCUCCGGGCCGUGCUCCGGAAACGAGCGAGAAAGAGAGAGUGAGCAGACGAGAGGUGAAACGAGGAAGAGGAGGAGAGGAGCUGCCAACGCGAGGGAAGAAGGGAGUGAGAAAGAGAGAGAAGGAGACGCGCGCUGCGCGUUCAUAUUCGUCCGUGUCGUGGCGGUGGCCGUGUCGUCGAAAGAGCGCAGCCGAUCGUCCGCGUCGUCCACUGUGUAGCAGCGCGCGUCCUCGCGGUCAUCUCCGUCGCCCACGUACCCUAGAUUAUUCGCCGCGGAGCGAAACGCAGCGUGGAGUAACGUCGUCGUCGUCGUCGUCGUCGUUGUAGUGAUCGAGACGAGUCGGUGGUGUGUGCAGUGCUGCUGGAGAAGCGAGAAGGAAAGCGAGUGCGAGUAUAGAGAGAUAGAGAGGAAGGUGGUGCGAAACGCGUCGUUCUUUCCUCGCCGCCCCCUGUCGCGGUCAACCCUGUUGCUGGCGACCGCGCCGCGCCGCGUCGCGUCGCGUCGCGUUUCGUAGCCCCCCCUCCGAGAGCCGGGGCUUCUGUUUUGUUUGUGCUCUCGUUCUCUCCGCGCGCGGGGUGCACGCGUGAAAAAGCGAAGAAGACGAGCCGUGGAGGAGGAGGAGGAGGCGAAGGUGGUGCAGCGAGGCCGACGCCAGAUAUCCAGCGCGGCGCGUGUCCCGACUGCUGCGAGGAAUAUUGUAUUACGAUGAUCAGUGACACGUGCGGAUACGUUCUCUUCCUGCUGCUGCUGCUGCUGGUCCCGUACAUCGAGAGCGCUCGUCGACUGAACGAGUACAUCCGCCACUACGAAACGCUGUCAUAUCCCGUCGAGGAGGUCCAUCGAAGCCACCUGAGGGCGAAGAGGUCGGUCAACCGCGACAGUACCGUGACGUUGAAGUUUCGCGCGCACGGCAAGGACUUCCAUGUCCGAUUAAAGCGGGACUUGACCACCUUUAGCAACAACCUAAUCGUCGAGGGAUCCACGGGGGAGAGACAGCACGACUGCGACGUCUCCCACAUUUAUCAGGGCAACCUAAUCGGUGAACCUGGUAGCCACGUGUUCGGAAGCGUCAGUGAUGGAGUCUUCCACGGGAAGAUAGUAUCACCGAAAAGUGGUGCGUGGUACGUGGAAAGGGCGCAUUACUACUUUCCGCCACACGAGAUAAACGAGACGCUGCAUUCCGUGAUCUAUCACGAGAAUGACGUCGGUGAUCCGUACGUGGACGUUCGGCAAGGUGACGGCGGCGGAUGUGGAAUUACUAAUAGUGAUGUAAUAGAAUGGAUGGAAAGGGUGCAGAAUUCCGCCCUACCGGACGAACCACCUACGGCGGCCCCGUCCGCGAAUCAGAAGGAGCCGAAACCAAAUGUCGCACCCUGGAACGGGGACCGAGAGGCCCCUGGUCACAAGUACAGUAGAGAAGCUAAUGAACCUAGUCAUCGCAGGCCACGAAGAGCAACCAGGUCGAAAGAGAACAACACCUGCUCGCUCUUCAUACAAACGGACCCUCUUAUAUGGAGGCACAUUUCCGAACAGCUGCAUCACGACGCGGAGAAAACCAGGGAGGAAAUAUUGUCCUUGAUCGCGCACCAUGUCACCGCCGUGAAUUACAUCUACAGGGACACGAAAUUCGACGGCAGGACGGAGCACAGGAACAUCAAGUUCGAGGUUCAACGAAUAAAGAUCGAUGACGAGACGGCGUGCACGCCUUCGCAGCCGUACAGCGACCCGAACCCCUUCUGUUUGGAGAACAUCGACGUUAGCAACUUCCUCAAUCUCCAUUCUCUGUCGAAUCACGAGGACUUCUGUCUCGCCUACGUUUUCACUUACAGGGACUUCACCGGCGGUACGCUCGGGCUCGCCUGGGUCGCUUCCGCGUCCGGCGCAUCCGGCGGUAUCUGCGAGAAGUUCAAGACCUACACCGAGACCGUGUCCGGCCUGUAUCAGUCCACUAAGAGAUCUCUCAACACCGGCAUCAUAACUUUCGUGAAUUACAACAGCCGCGUGCCGCCCAAGGUGUCGCAGCUGACUCUGGCGCACGAGAUAGGUCACAACUUCGGAUCACCGCACGAUUUUCCGCCGGAAUGCAGACCGGGAGGCUUGGACGGUAAUUACAUUAUGUUCGCCUCGGCGACGAGCGGAAAUCGACCGAACAACAGCAAGUUUUCAAAGUGCAGCAUUGGCAAUAUCAGCAACGUCCUAGAUGCUAUCGAGGAUAAUAAGAAGAGGAACUGUUUCACUGGAGCGUUUUGCGGGAAUAAAAUUGUCGAGGCUGGCGAGGAGUGUGAUUGCGGAUACGACGAUGACGAGUGCGUGGACAAGUGUUGCUAUCCCAAGCAGGUGUCUGAGCUGGACAAGAUUAAGAAUGACACGGCGAAAGGUUGCAACAGGAAAUACGGGACACAGUGCAGUCCCAGUCAAGGACCCUGCUGUUCGAGUGAAACGUGCCAGUUCGUGCCCCUCUCCCAUAGAGUCCAGUGUAGAGCCGAAUCGGACUGCAAUUACAAUUCCACGUGCGGUGGAAGGUCCUCCGAGUGCCCGGCGCCGCUGCCGAAAGCCAACAAGACUAGAUGCAACGAGGGCACUCAAUUGUGCAUCAACGGGGAGUGCACGGGAUCCAUUUGUCUCGAGUGGAAUCUGACGGAGUGCUUUUUAACGAGCAGCAUCAUACCGAACAUCGACAAGCGAAAGCUCUGCGAAUUAGCCUGUCAGAAUGGGACUGAUGCGUCAACGUGUCGCGGGACAAGCGAGUUUGCGCACAUGGUGGGACUGCCCGAGGGUGGAAUGAGCCUCCGACCUGGUUCUCCUUGCGAUAAUUUUCAGGGUUACUGCGAUGUUUUCUUGAAGUGCCGAGCCGUCGAUACGGAAGGACCGCUUGCGAGAUUGAAAAAUCUGUUGUUCAAUAAGGAAACUUUAUCGUCGGUAGCGCAAUGGAUAACUGAAUUUUGGUGGGCGGUGUUGUUAAUGGGUAUAGCUUUCAUCAUAUUUAUGGGUCUGUUUAUCAAAUGUUGUGCUGUACACAUUCCUUCCACUAAUCCUAAAAAGCCGCCUGCAAGGCGCAUCAGUGAUACGUUAACCAGACCGAUGAAUACCCUUAGAAGAAUGCGACAUCCGCAUGGUGGUGGUGGAGCUGGGCCCAGGAGUAUACCACCGAGAACAAGUCAAGGUGGGCACGGAACGCGUGGACCCUCUCACGGUUACGGAGAGGGUAGAGGUGCUCAAUAUUAUCCAAAAGGAUAUCGCUCGGUUCCCACAGCUAGUGCGCCACCAAGUAGCGGGUCAGCAGCAGACAAUUACGGCCGUUCCAAUCACCCAGAACUGUAUGCCGGCGCCUAUUCGGGCUCCGGGGGAGGGGGGCGGAGCGCAGCAUAUGAGAUGAGGCAUCACAACAAGGUGUGACGAUCCUAGGACGUCGUCACGGACGAGGACCACCAAUCGCGGCGUUGCACCACGGGUCGUUGUGUAGGACGAUUGCCAAAUGCGAAGAGAACCGAUCCACUCUCCACGUAAGGGAUGCGACGAUGUCUCAUAACCGAGGUCGAAGCAAUAAUUGAGACGAGUUACAGUUGACAAUGAUCGAAACACACAGAUUGAGAGAUCCGGCGUGUUAUGCUCUUUCAUCUGAAGCCGCGUAGAAAUUCACGUAAAGAGCCGCGCGUAGAUACAAAAGAAAGUACGUAUUGAAUCGAUCUCUCAUUUUGUAUCGGUUUGGUAGACGUUGUAAUUUAACGCGGAAAUAAACGUUGCGCGCGAACGGCGACACGGAAAAUCGAUUUGACCGGAGCCACGGUGACGAGAGCAUAUUAGCGAAUAAUCGUGAGCGCCGAGAAUUUUAUAUAUGUAAUCUUUUUUAUGUAGCACCAAAAUGCGAUCUUUCGCGUCGCCGUUCAAAGAAACUCGUCGCACGAUCAAAUCUUAGAAUGCUUCGCCAAGUGAAGGUGAUAUUGUUAUAUGAUCAAAGUAAUUUAAAUCGAUCCGACGUGUGAUUCAUUUUCGCUUUAGUGAUCGACGCUGUAUUCGCAAGGCGACGAUUAAUGCGGCAGUGUUAAAGAAAAAAAAAAAGUAGCGUCGCAUCCUCGCGACUACGAAGAUUUUAAGGCCAAGAAUCGCGUUACGGUCUUUGUGUGACGGCGUCCUUCGAGAUGUCGAUACUUCGUGCAUGUCGCUCUCGAAAGUUAGAUUAAGUGGAGAAUCUCUGAGACCCUGUUUGUUAGAGAUUAAACACAAGUUUAGUGGGAAAUUGGCAAUAAGACAAUAUAUGUCCUUUGGUAAACGGCGCGCACCUGUAAAUGAGUUUUCCAAGGGCGACUUGUUGUACUCGUAUUUCGUUGACCGACAGAAGUAUAAGGUGAAAAGUCGUCUUUUUAGUUAGGUCGAAAUUUUAUUGAAACGAUAAAUCUAAUUUAAUUUUAAAAUUUAAUCCGGCAGAUGUAACGCAAAAUGGACAAGAAAAUUAGGACUGUCUUGUAUAAAGUAUCGCCGUUGAUCCUUUUUUUUCACAAUUUCAAUAACUAAAAUAUUUUUUAAAUGGCUUUCUGGAGCGAAAUGGCACCCUCUACCAUUACCAAACCAUCAUAGGUCAUUUACUUGAUCUCUGUACCAUUGUAGAAUAAUAAUUAACGAUAUGUAUUAUUCUUAUACUAAUUUGUAUUAGCCAAUUUUGAAGCGAGAAGUUAUGCGAGAUUAUGAUGGAUAUAAGAGCAGCAACAACAAAACGAUGCGUUUCUAUAUGCGAUAUUCCAUUAACUAUUACACACGAACGAAGAUGAUAUUAUGAUUAUUAUUAAGCUACGCUAAUUAUUAUUAUUAUUAUUAUUAUUAAUUAGUUGUAACUUGCAGAUGAUAAUUUAUCUCCGCCUAUUGCGAAUGUUAUAAGUUAUAUUUAAUUGAAAAACGAGUUUUAUAACAUGCUAUAUUAAGUCGGGGGCUGCACCGUAAACACGCAAUUAUGCGUAUAGCGGACCAAAGAUGAGCCCUCUUAUCGAAAUGCGUGAACAUGUUAUAUUAUAUUAUAUAUAUAUACAUGGGCUCACACACGUACACAGCUGCAUACUCGUAAGCGAAAAACGCGAGAGAUCGGUUCUUGUCCUCGAGGUGAAUCGUAUCUGGUGCUGUCAAACCGUUGUCGAUACGAUUAAUUAAUGCACUUCCCUUCUUCGAAACGCCAAAUCUGACAAAUGACUGAGUUCUUUUUCGCUCGUUCCUUUAUCGACGUCUUUAUGCAACAGGUAACAUAAACGUCGAGAGAUCGGUGUCCGCUCCUGUUCACUGAAUUACAAUAUUACAAUAUUACAAUGACAUAGAUAAUGAAUAAUAACGAGCAUACGCGUGACAUUUAAAUUUAGCGAUAACUUGCUCGAAACAAAUCAUCUCAGAGAAAAGCAGUGUGAUAGAGAUUAAAUUUAUUUGUUUUUUAUCCAAUUUGCUUUUAUGAUUUAUUUUUAUCACUUUUAUGCGAUUUAUACCUUUAAUGUAACAAUCGAACAAAUGCAAUUUUUUGCCAAAUGAGAUUAAAUCAGACUAGCUUUGACAUUUCGCACGCGCGCGCGCGUCCAUUUCUUUAUAAUUACAUAAAAUCGUUUAUAUAGCAGAGCUUAUUUUUUAAACUUUCAAUGCAGCUAAAACAAUAAUGACACAUACUGAUUGACACACACACACACACACACACACAUUUUUGUAAAAUUAUGAGUAAAACGAGAUUGAAAAUUUGGCACUGAUCUUUUUUCAAUCAUGUAGAAACAGAAUAUUAAAAAACAGGAAUUCAAUAGCAUUUUCAAAUAUCGAUUGGUGUGAUCAAUAUAUCUCUAUGUCUGUGUCUCCGCAAUUGAAUUACAACCGCCUGCGUUGUAACUUUAAGACUGUGUUUUACCUAGGCGGAAAGUUGGAUAUAGGGAUGCAGAAUUGAAACGAGGAGGUGCCAGCAAAGACGCUACAAUACGAGUUUGCGGAUCGUGUGGAUAUGUACAAUAGACGCAAUGUGAUUAUUAGGUGGAUCAUACGAGGUCUUGUGAGAGGGAAAGAAUAACGAGCGAGAGGAAUUAUACGAGAAAAUGGGACGGAAAGUAAAAAGUUCUUCGGGCGUGCGAGGGAAAUAUUUGUGAGUGAGAGAGACGCGAAAAAGAUAGAUCGCGAGUGUGUAUAUCUGUGUAAAUAUACCGAUAUAUUAUAAAAUGAUUAUAUAACCAUAACAGAUGGUAAAGCGAAUACAAAAAAAAAUAAUACUUGUUUUUUAUAUCAGAUCUGUAUUAUAGUGAAAUAUUAUUCUGUAUUUUGUAAUCAGAACGGAAGUUUAGGGAUGACGUGCGAGUGUCUGUACGUGCGUGUAAUCGAGCCUCUAGAUUUUAAGUAUGAGUUUUUUCUUUGGCGAUCCAUCGUGGACCGGAGGAAUCGUACGUUAUUUAGGAAAUUUUGAGAUUUCUUGCGUAUAGGCAAAAAAAAUAUAUUCCGUUUGACCCCAUUCGCAGCCGCUCGUAACAUUAUAUUAACGAUUUAGUAUGUUUCAAUGCAACAAUCCGUGACAAUUUACGGAUGAGAUUUUACUGCCAAUAUCGAACGUAGCCAGGUGUGAUUCGUGAUUUUCGAUUGAUUUUGAAUACGUUAUAGUGCAUCGCUAGAGAUAUUUUCUGCCAAUAAAUGUUGAUUACGGUCUUCUAAAUGUGCGAUCAUAGUGUGAAUAUUUUAGCGAGCCGUCGAACAAAGAAGACUUUUUUAUACGUCCUGUUUUUUAAUUUCGUUUUACGCAGAAGAGAGAAAAGAAGCUUUUCCGUGCGUUAAAGAAAAAAAAAAGUGCGAAACAAUGUCGUUCGAGGAAUCUCUGGGUAAUCAUCUCGUUCCGAGCCACUGCCAUUUGACGAGCAACCUCGAGGUAGUUAGAACUUGCUUUCGGAACGAGCUGACGUCCCGAUCGAACAAGUUAUCGGUGCGUGAACUACUUUUGCUUCCAUUUCACUGCCAUUACCAUUUUCGAGCGACUGAAUUGUUAUUAUGAUCAAAAAAAUCGCAGGUACAAAUUCGUACGCGACGAUUAUAACGAGUAUGCCAAAGGCUCGGACAAAAAGAAAAAUAGAUAGCAAUUGCCUCGUUACGUUCCGAAAAAGCCUAAAGUGCGAGCGUGGAAUGGGGUCAGGGUGUAGUUACUAGUUGACAAUUGAAGUCGCUUGCGCGUACCGAAAGGAUUAAUAACGAGAUAAGGAAUAAAAUUCUCCUUCAUCAUUUGUCCCAGACCUCUAACUACAUACAUGCUUAAGCUUAUUCGUUUUUCCGCGGCAUCCGGAUUAAGAUGUGACUUUAAUCCUCCCCCCCCCCCUCUCCAUCACCUCCGCCUCCCCCGUGAUAACGAACUUCCUCUUACGGUUCGUUGCAAUAACGCAAAUGUGUCAAGUCGCCGUUAUGUAUCGCGCUGAUGAUACAACGAGAGGCGAAACCUUCGAGAUUUAUCUCGCGAUUGGCGUACCGUGUUACCGAAUCUUAAUCCAGAACCGCUAUUACUGUGACGCGAUGCACACACACACACACACACACACACAUACAUACAUACACAUAAUACAACUACUCUAUCACUUGUACAUAAUGUUAGAGAAGGAAAGAACAAAAAAAAUCGAAGAUUAUAUUUUUUCUAUCGAUCCAAAAACGUGGUGAACCUAUCAACAUCGUGCAUCCGGGAUUAUUUAAGGCGUAAUUUCGUGAUCUUUGUACCGAAUCUCUUUGCGAACGACGAAUUGUUUCCCCGAGGAAUCGUUUUUCUUUUUUUUUUUUUAAAUAAUUUAGAGCGUUACUUGGACUAUCACCGAACACCAAGUGACCCUUACGUUCGUGCCGUAUCUCUACUUUUAGUCGGUGAUGUGUUUUUCGAGGUGUACCUCUCUUUAUUGUAAAUUAUUGUAACCGAGCAUGAUACUGACCAAUCGCUGAACGUAGCUUCAGACCACCACUCUCUCUUUUCCCAAAAAAAUGUCUAGAAAUGCGGCGAGUGUUUUAAGGAUAUUAUAAAUAAAAGAAUUAUGAUUGUGAAUAUCUCUUGUGUUACGUUAAUGUGAUUAAAAGAGACAAAACAUUGUAAAGAAUUAAAUAAAGCAUACAUUUUACAUUUA